AUGAAUAUUAUUGCAUGGAAUUGUAGGGGGGCUUCAAAACCCUCUUUUCAGAACCAUGUGAGGGAGCUGGUGAACACUCAUGAUCCAGCCAUUAUGAUCAUUAUGGAGACUCACAUUGGUGGUGCUUGUGCUAGGGACAUCACUGAUAAGCUACCUUUUGAUGGGGCCAUUCAUACAGAUACUCUUGGGUUUGCUGGCGGGCUUUGGCUUCUUUGGAAUUCAGAUAGAGUCCAGGUUCAUCAGCUGGCCAUGUUAGAGCAAGAAAUCCAUGUUUUGGUUAAGGUACUCCCUUUAAACUUUGAAUUUAUUUGUAUUGUUGUCUAUGCUAGUUCUAGAUUUCAAGAGAGAUGUGUCCUUUGGAAUAAUUUAAAAAAUGUUGCCAAUCUUCAUGAUAAACCUUGGAUUAUUGCUGGGGAUUUUAAUGAGGUUCUUGUGGAAGGGGAUAAAUUUGGGGGAAGAAGCAUUAGCUCUAAUAGGUCCCUUCUCUUCAAAGAAUGCCUCGACCACUGUUCUAUGGUUGAUAUGGGAUUUGUUGGGCCUUGUUUCACUUGGACCAAUAGAAGGCUUAUUUGUGAUCUCAUUCAAGAAAGAAUUGACCAAUUCUUCGCCAAUCCUAGCUGGUAUGCAUUACACCUUGAUGCUAGAGUUACCCACCUCACUAGAUGUGUGUCUGAUCAUUGUUCGGUGCUUCUUGAGAAGAAUCCUUCCAAUAGUGUGUUUCUGCCUAGACCCUUUAAAUUCAAAAUUUUUUGGCUGUUGGAUGUAUCUUUUCCGGGAAUUGUCAAGGAGGCUUGGGGUUGGACUAGAUCUCUCCGGGAAUCUAUUGAAAAUUUUUCUAGAAGAGCCUCGGUUUGGAACAAGGAUCAUUUUGGUAAUAUUUUUGGGAAGAAGAAAAGGGUCAUGGCUCGUCUUAACAGCAUCCAAAAAGCCAUUGCUAUUCACCCUUCGCAUUCUCUACUUGAGUUGGAGAAAGUUUUGCACAAAGAUCUUAAUACCCUCUUGGACCAAGAGGAGGAGUUGUGGGUGUAG